UAUACUCAUACAGGAAAGAAGCCGUUUCGUUGUGAUAUUUGUGGUAAAUCAUUCACUACUAAUAGUUACUUAAAUGUACACGGAUGUAUUCAUACAGGAAAGAAGCCAUAUCAUUGUGGUAUUUGUGGUAAACCAUGCUCCAAUAAGAGUUACUUAACUGUACACAGACGUAUUCAUACAGGAGAGACACCAUAUCAUUGUGAUAUUUGUGGUAAAUCAUGCUCUAAUAAUAGUGCCUUAACAUCACACAGACGUAUUCAUUCGGGAGAGAAACCAUAUCAUUGUGAUAUUUGUGGUAAAUCAUGCUCUAAUAAUAGUGCCUUAACAUCACACAGACGUAUUCAUACAGGAGAGAAACCAUAUCAUUGUGAUAUCUGCAGCGAAUCAUUCUCUCAUAAUUAUCACUUAACUACGCAUAAACGUAUUCAUACGGGAGAGAAACCAUAUCACUGUGAUAUCUGCGGUAAAUCAUUCUCUGUUAGUAGCACCUUGACUACGCAUAAACGUAUUCAUACAGGAGAGAAGCCAUAUCACUGCGAUAUCUGCGGUGAAUCAUUCUCUCAUAAUUGUACCUUAACUACGCAUAAACGUAUUCAUACAGGAGAGAAACCAUAUCACUGUGAUAUCUGUGGUAAAUUAUUUUCUGAUAAUAGUGUAUUAACUAAGCACAAACGUAUUCAUACAGGAGAGAAACCAUAUCAUUGUGAUAUCUGUGGUGAAUCAUUCUCUUGUAGUAAUACCCUAACUAUACAUAAACGUAUUCAUACAGGAGAGACUCCAUAUCAUUGUGAUAUCUGUGGUGAAUCUUUCUCUCAAAAUAGUACCCUAACUAUACAUAAACGUAUUCAUACAGGAGAAUAGCCAUAUCACUGUGAUAUUUGUGGUAAAUUCUUCUCUCAAAAUAAACAUCAGAUGACAUUGACAUAACAGGAGAAACGUCCUCAAUAUCUACCAUGUUUUAAAGACUAAAGGAAAAUAUAUGAAACAGAUGUAUCAGAUUGUUUCUACAAAUCUGUGAUAGAAUUCCUGUGAAAUAUUUGCUCUGAAAUAAUAAUAUUAGCCAAAUUUAUGAACAUCCCUGACUGGAGUGUCAAGAAGAGGAGCCUGUGAACUGAUUAAAGUUGGAUAAAUUUAUGUAAGUUUUGCUAAAGAAAGGUAACACUGGACAGAAAUAGAGCUGUAGAAGUGUUUGUAAGAAAUAAAUAACAAAAAGAA